AGACUUUCCUGGUUUCUUGAAGACGCCUCCGGACUUUUUUUUUUCAACUUUUCCAGACUUUCCCCUUUUUUUUGCAAACUUGUUCCAGAUUUUAAGGAAUCCUCAGACCAGAUCCAUAAUCUAGUACCCUGAGACAUCGGUUCAUAAAAACGUUUGAUAGACCCGUUUAACCCGUUGAAACCGACUACCAAGUAUUCUUACACUUCGUUUGAUCACUCGUGGGCAGCCGAAUACGCUUCGUAACGUCAUUUGCGCCGAAUUGUUUGAAUAAUCACCAUUUACAACUAGUUAUAACCUGGUAAUCCCCUUGACAACUUUUUUGGUACUAGUCUGAGUUAAGUAAAGUUUUCGAUCAUCGAUAAACAGUUGUAUUGCAUCAUUUGUUUACUUUCUAAUAAUAAGCUAGACCUGAAAAUAAGAUAGUCUUAUAAAUACCCUUGAAAUCGUCGGUAUUAAUAUUAAAGACAAAAAAAUGAUUAAUAAGAAAAUGAAUCUUACUUUGAAACUAAAUAAAUCCUUAUCGAACUUAUCUCAACCCGAGAUGGGUCCAUUUACGCCGAUUGAUCAAACACUAAGUACUCCAGUAGAUAAUGUUCAACAAAAUGGGUAUUUUCCUGAUUCUUUCCAACCACCUCAGGCUCCUCAAUUAACCAGUAACUCCUUAUAUUCAAAUCCUUCUUAUAAUGAAUCAGAUGAUAUUUUAACUGAUAUAGAUGAACCAAGUUUUGGUUCAUUUCGUACCAUGAGGAAAUACACUUUAAAUUUCACUGCAAAUUUUGAUCAAUUAGUUAUGUCAGUCUAUUCCUACAUAAUGACAUUACCGACCACUACUCCAUUCACUGGGGUUAUUCCUCCAAGCGGGUUGGUAAGUAAAGUUGCUAAUGAAACCAUGAAUAAUUUAAUCAAUAAAACAAGUAAUGGGAAUUUCCCAGCUUAUGAUUAUCAAAAUGUUAUUACUAUUGAUUAUUUGAAAAAUCAAUCUUAUCAGCCAAUUUUCUUACAAUUGAUCAGGAAAAGAUUAUUAGAAUUAUGUAAUUAUAAUAGUUCCCUGAAGAAUGAAUCCAAUAAGUUACCAACCAGUACAUCAAUAAGUAUUAGUGUCAAUGGAGGAAAUGAACAACAGCAACAACAACAACCACAACCACAACCACAACAACAAUCAAUCUAUAAUACUAAUAUUAGACAAUCGUCAAUUUCCAAUUUAUCUUUAACGGACGCUAAUAUUUCAAAUUAUAAUAAUAAUAAUAAUCCACCACCGAUAGUUAGAUCAAGGUCAUCGUCCCUUAAUUUGAGAAAACAAUCCUUGACCCGAAAUAAUUCAUAUUCAGGAAAUAAUUGGUUACACGUUGGGAAUUUAAAUAAUAUCAGACCGCACGGAUUAACAAAUCAAGUUAGUCAAACAAAUGGUAGUACUGAUUCAUUACAAUCAAUGCAAGAUUAUGUCCCGCAAUCUUUUAUCAAUAGAAGUGCAAAUCAAAAUAAUUUUAAUUCAAUGAUGUUAGAUUAUCAAACCCCACCCAGUUCAAACAAAGGAUCGGUAUCUUCACAAUCGAGUACCCCACCGACUUCUUCGAGUUCCGCCAAUACUAUAAUAGGAUCAAAUGUUCAAAUAAUUCAGAACCAUCAUGCUAAUGGAAUGGAAAUUGAUGAUUUUAAUUUAAAUAGAUCAAGAUCAAUUUCAAGAACUUCGAGUAGAAAUAACGGGUCUAUUUCCUUACCAAAACCCUUAACUAUCAACACAGAAAAUGCCAAUUCAAAUGGAUUCGAUAGUUCUUUGGAUAGUCCAUUCAUGUCAGCUACAACUCCACUGGAAGAAUAUGGAUAUUUCAUGAAUGCCCAACCCAAUGAACCAAUUGAAUCGCUAUCAGAGGUUGCGGUCAACAAAAUCAGCUUACCAAAUCAAAUCAGUCUAAGUGAGAAGAAACGAGAUAGUUUGAAGAUGAAAAGGGGUAUACAUUGAAAAGUAUAUAAAAAGUUUAUAGAUUAAUCGAUACUGU